UCCCAGCUUAGGUCUGUAGGUUGCUUUGGCCUGGAAAUGACUCUUGGUAUAGAUCUCUUAUUCUUGCAAAUCUAAUCCCUAAGCUCAUGUUGACAUAGCUUAACUACCGGCUUAGCAUUGUAGCGGGAAUGUUCAAGUAUUGUGGUAUGCUUAUUUGAUUUGUGUACCGUAGCUCAUCAGCUGAGGAACCAACCGUUUCGGCGUUCAGACAAAAGGCAAUGGAAGUUAUUCAUGAUCACUGCCGUGUUUGUCAUAGUAAAUUUUGUGAUUUUGAUAUUGUACAAGAUGUUAGCUGUGGCCUGACAUUUUGUGCAAAUGAUUGUGGUCAAAAAUUUCAUCAAUGUAAACAACAGGAUCAUGACAAGAUUUGCCCAUAUCAACGUAUAAAUUGUGUCAACAAACAAUAUGGUUGUCCUGCUGUUUUUUUUCGUAAAUAUCUCGCACAACAUCUUGAAGUUUGUCCAGCAAAUAUUCAAAUAUGCACAAUGGAAUGGAAUAGAUGGCAUCGGGGAUCUAUUCUAUCAAAAAAUGAUGAAAAGUCGAAAGUUCAACAAAUGAAAAAUUUACAGGUGAUAUCCAACAAUCUAGAUGUUGCUGCUGCAAUACAUGAUCAAAGAAUUUUAUUGGAAACAAUUAUGCCUAAUGCAGUUUUGGAAUAUUAUAAUAAACUUGCAGAUCAAAAUGUUGAGGCUGAUGCUGACAUCUCUGGCUCACAAAAAACAAACUGCAGUUCAACAGUAGAUCCACCAGAACAAGUGAUUACCAAUGAUAACUGUGAAAAAAUUGCUCAAUCGAUGGAAUCCAUGUCAACUGAAAGUAAUAUGCAAUCAGAUUUAAUACCAACUGAAUCAUUGACCGAAUCUAUCCAACAAACUGAAAUACUGGAUGAUGUUACUUUAACUUCUUCAUUAAAAGAAAAACAAGAAAUGGUUCCAACGUAUGGUACAAAUGGAUUAUCUCUCGGUUCAAGAACUGAAAACUUUCUGAAAUAUGUUAGUAUGAUUAAGAAGGAAGAUAAUCAUAGGGAUUUUAGUUUUUCCAAACACAAUCAUUUAACUUCAUCUUCUCGAAUGCAAAAUGAUAUUGACUCGUCCAAUAAUUCAUCUACAGGAUGUCAUUCUGAGCCAUACAAUGGAUUGUUUAGUACAAAUCAUAGUCAGCAGUCAUUAAGUUCGAGCGAACUCAAGAAGGAAAAAUUAGUCAAAGAAAUGGAAAAGUCAACAUUUUUUGAUGAUAUUGACAACUACAUACAAGAAUUUGCUUCUGCUGCUCCUGACUUCUUGUCGUUAUUAGAUGCUCUGGAUUCUGAUAUCUGUGUUGCGAUUGAUAUUGUGGAUCACCUUGUGAAUGAAGUUGUCAAACAAGUUGAUGGAAAUAAUCAUAAUGUUAACCAUGAUUUACCUGUUAUUAUAUGGAGAGAUGACACUAUUUCUCAAAGUAUGGCUUCUGAUACAGAGAACAAAUGUUAUGAAUUGAGGAAAUCCAUCAGUGAACUGCUUCAGGAGUUCGGAGUCGUAUGUGAUUUAACUAUAGGGUCGUCAAGUUCUUCGACCGCUGAAGAAAGAAGAGCGAUUAGAAAAGCUGAAAGAAGGAAAAGAAGAAGUUGGUUGUAUAAAAACCCUGAAUCAUCAUCCAGUGGUAAAAUGACAUCAUGGGGUUGGAUGCCUAGAAAAGAAGUCAAAGAUGUCUCAACAGAUACAAGUGAUCUAGCUAUUGAUAUGUCUAACAUGGAAUGGCUUUCUCCUGAAGCAUUCUUAUCUAAAGAUGAUCUUGUAUUUCGUUUGUUUUCAAUCAUUGGAGCAAGUUAUCGAGGAUAUGCUGCGAUGCAUGAGAAACAAAUUGCACCUUUCAUUGCAGAUUCAUCAUGCCAGACUGUUGCCCCAUUUCUUCUUCAUAUUGAUAUGAAUGCAAUCGGACGAGCAUUAAGCAGUGCAUCACUGUCAUCAAGCGUUCAAAAUUGGAAGAACGACGUCAAAUGUUGGCUUUACUAACAGAUGGGAAAUCUUCUGAUAACGAAACGAGUGGAGAAUCGUCUGUGAAACUCAAUGAAAAUCUGAUGUUUAAUAAUUUAUCUCUUGGUAGUGUCAUGGAAUCAGUACCAAGAUAUCAGACUAAACCUCAUUCUAUGUAUUCAUUCAUGUGUGGUUGUUUGCUGAGAAGAGAUCAGUUUGCGUCUCACAUACAAAACACACAUUGCGAAAUCAUGUCUGGAUUAAAUGGUUGGAUUGAACAAAAAUGUC